UUCAGCACUGUUAGACAGUGUUUUCUUUUGGCGCCAAAAGUGGCGGAGAUCACCGCGAAUUAUUAGUUCAUAUCAUUUUAACAUUUAAUCAAAUCAUGAGCUUCUCGCGCAGUGCCCUGCGCUACGCCCACACCAAUGGCUACACGGGACUCCUGUACACCCCGCGCGGCGAGUUCAUCAUCACGUGCGGCACUGAUGGAGACAUCCGGCACUGGACUUGCAUCAGCGACGACGAUCCACGGUCCAGCUGUCUGGGCGAAUUCGUCAUGUGCAUCGCCCACACGGGCAGCCGACUGCUGGCCUCCACGGAUCGCAACACGGUGCAUGCCUACACCUUCCCGGAGAUGGACAGCGACGGCAUCCUCAUGCGGUUCACGGCGCCCGCAACGUGCCUCAAGUUUUCCGGGGCCUACACUGCGGCGGGCAGCGAGGACACCACCAUUAAGGUGCUGAAGGGAGACACAGCUGGCAACGAAAACGUUUUGGAGGGGCACACGGGUCCUGUUCUGGCCCUGGAUAUGUUCGUCGAGCGGAAACUUCUCGUUUCCGUGGCAGGAGAUGGCCAGCUCAAGGUCUGGAACUUUGAGGAGGGCAAGGAGCUAAAGAGCAUUGGUGGUCUGCCCAAGGUGAACAGCUUCGAGAACGCCAUGCUGUAUGGCACACCCCAUUUCGAGCCACAGAGCGGCGAACUUCUGGCCUACGCCAUGGACAACGAGAUUGUGGUCCUCAACACGGCCAACUGGGAGGUGGCCUUUAAACUGCGUGACGACUCGGUGUCCAGCAACUACAGCUGCUGCCAGUUUUCGCCAAAUGGUGAGCGCCUGGCCGCCGGAACAACCAAGGGCGAGGUGAGCAUUUUCGAUGUGAAGAAGCGGAAGGCUCUGACAGUGGAGAUGCCGCCCAACGACUGCAAUGCCAUUACAUGCCUGGCCUGGAAUCGUUCUGGAGAGGAGGAGGUGGCCUUCUGCGAUGCAACUGGACAGCUGGGUACCGUCUUCCUCAGCGAUGCAGAGGAGGCCGGCGGCGGCGAGGGACUGGAAGAUGACCAGGCUGAGCUGUUGGGCGAUGACUACGUGUUUGAGGGUGGCGAUGAGAUGGAGGCCGCAGUUGACGACGGCGAUGGUGUUAGUCUGGAGCAGCUAAAGCGCAAGGUGAUGAACUUUGCAGAUCCCGUGGAUCAAGAUGAUGCUUCCAACCAAUCCCUGGCCAGCAGCAGCAGAACUGUUCCUGCCCCCGCCGCUCCGCAAAUCAAGCUGUUCAAGCAGCAGACCGCCUUCCAGCCCAGCGCCACUCCCAGCGAUCUGGAGCAUCGCUACAUGGCCUGGAAUGAUGUGGGUAUUGUCACCGCCCACGUAGAGCCCUCAGGCGAUGGCUCGAUCGAUGUGGAGUUCCACGACGCUAGUAUCCACCAUGCCCUGCACAUCAGCAACUACAACCAGCACAAUUUGGCCAGCGUGAGUAGCGGAGCUUUGGCUCUGGCCUCCAAUGAGUCUAGCAAGCUGGUGGUGAUUGCUUUGGCUGCGGCCGGGAACAAGGAGUGGUCGCUCAGCCUGCCGGACUGCGAAAGUGUGGAGGCCCUGGUGGCCACCAGUCAUCUUGUGGCCGUGGCCACCAGCUCGAGCUUUUUGCGCAUCUUCAGCGUGAUGGGCACACAGCGUGAGGUGCUAACCAUUCCAGGACCAGUGGUGGCUAUCUCUGGACACGAGCACAGCCUGAUGGUGGUUUACCACAGCUCUGCGCCCAGCCAGACGCAGCAGCAUCUCUCCGCGAUGUUGGUAAACAUAAAUGGACUUAGUUUGCGGCAGGAAUAUCUGCCCGUUCCGCUGACUCCGGGUAGACAGCUCGCCUGGCUGGGCUACAGCGACACGGGAUCACCGAGCAUCGGCGACAACAUGGGCCUCCUCCAAUUGUACCGCAAGAGCAGCAACGCCUGGUUUCCCAUCUGCGACACCAUGAAGCAGAGCAGCAGUGUGUCGCACCACUUCUUUGUUGUGGCUGUUUCCGAACGUCGCCAGAUAGUCCAGGCGGUCUUGUGCCGUGGAACCUCCUAUCCCAUGACGAAUCCGCGACCCAUGGUCCAGGAACUGCGCAUGCAGAUUCCGCUGUGUGACAUCGAAGUGGAGAAAUCGGAGCUGGAGGAUGCCCUGCUGCGCUCCAGUCUGAUGCAAGUGGAGGGUGCUGAGAAGAUGCAGAAGGAGACGGCCAUCAAGCUGUUUGCUCUGGCCUGCAGCAGCGAGUGCGAGACUAGGGCUAGGGAGUUGAUAGAAUCGAUCGCCUGCACUGAUCUGCUACAGCUGGCAGUAAAAUAUGCCACUAAAAGAGGGCGCAUCCACCUGUCCGAUCGCUUGUGCGAGCUGCUGCCUCAAUUAGAGGCUGUCCAGGAGGCUCGCAAGCAGCAGACUUUGUUGGGCGCCAGCGGAAUUGCUGCCACCAUUGUCCUGCCCAUGACUCCCACAUCCGCCUCGCAAAGUGGUCCCAAACCCAAGGCCAUCGAGCUGAGCUCAGCCAAACGGGGCACCCUGAAGAGAUUGGCCAACUCACCCAACAUGUUCAAAGCUGCGUCGGCGGCAUCUCGUCCAUCGACCCCGGACAUUACACCCUCUCCGCUGGAUACCCAGGAAAAUAUAUUCAGCGAAUCCGAGUCAGAGGUUCCCAUGGGUAAAACCGCAGAGCACAGGACUCCCCUGAAUUCGGUUAAUCCGUUCGCAAUGAAGCGCAAACUGGGCGACACUGGAGUGAUCUUUGGUUCCGAGAAGCUGAAGCUGGCUAAGAAAUAGUUUAUUUGUAGAUUUUUAAGUAGAUAUAAGGCUUAUAUUUUAAAUAUUAAAUAAAUAAUGCAAAAAGUAA